AUGCUCAACAAAAUCAACAAAUCAACAUCCAUUCUAAGAGGAGGGGGUUGUGGAAUGCCAAAAGCUAAUUUUGGAAAGUAAUCAUAAAAGAAUGCCAUUCAAACAGAUGUUUAUGAUUUCUUUUCAUAAUUCAAUCACUAUAUUUAGAUAAUAGAAUCUAAGGCUUCUAUUGCUGCUAGUUAAUAGGAAUCAUCAGAAAUAAUGAUAGCAAUAAGAUGGUUUAUAUUUUAAGAGGAAAACAUCUACAAAAUCAGUAAAAAUGUAUAAAGUGUUAAGAAGACAUACGAUUUAGUUUUAGAUGGGAUUAAACGAUUAUUGAUAAGUUGCUAGACCUAUAUCAGAUCAGAUUCCUUUAAAUGUUUGUAUAUUUUAUAGAUUACAACAUCCCUAUCUAAAGUAAUAUUUAGCUUCCAUUUAAUGAAUGAUGAGAGAUUUAUGAAAUGUGAAACCUAAAAUUAUUUUCUGGAAAUUUGUGAUGAAUUACAAUAAUAAUUGGAGAUUGAAAGGAAUGAUUUAAUUUAAAAUUAAAUCGAACUAUUUAUUUUCUUAACCAAAACUUCUUUUGAGAUUGCUCCAAAUAAUAGUAAAGAAAAACAAGAAAUAUUAUAAGGAUCCCUAAAAGGUAUAAUAAAUUCUCUCAUCAAAAUGAGCCCAGAUACUGAGUUACUUGAAUCAUUAUUUAAGGGAGCCUGCCUUCUUUACAAAAUGUAAGAUAUUUCAAAAAAAAGAAAAUAAUAUGAAGUUUUUUAUCAACUCGAUAUGUUGCAAUGGGAAAUAAUAAGUUAUUUUAAAAACAAAAAAUAAAAAAAUCUAUAAGAAAUAAUUUUACAAAUUGAAGCAAUAUAUGAAACUAUAGUUCAAUUUUCAAAUAAUUGGAGGGAUCAUUUUAUCUGGAUCUAAAUGAUUGGUAAAAUAUUAGUCUUUAAUCCUCUACUAGCAAAAAAAAAAUUAGGUGAGCUGAAUAACUCUUUAAAUGUUGGGGAAAAGUCAACAAGUUAGAUUUGGAAAGAUUAUAUUAAUAGAGGAUUAUUAUUAUAAAUCAAUCAAAGUAAUGAUUUAGCUGUUAUCUUACUUAAUUAACUCUAAAAUAAUAAAAUAAUAUCACUAGAUAGAUUAUUGUUAGAAGACAGUUUCAAAGGAUGGGAAGACUUUCUCAUACUUAAAUAAGUUUUAAUGAAUGAAUAAAAUGAAAAUACACCAUAUACAUUCAGUUCAUAUUUAAAAUGUAAAUUAGGCGUACUUAGAGAGGAUUCCUAAAACUAAGAAAAAAAUUUGACUAUUGAGAAAAUGUAAAAGCUUUUAAGUUUCAUUAUCUCAACUAAAUUAAUUAAUUUAAUAACAUAAAAUGAUGAGAAUUUGGGAGAAGUAUUUAAAAUCUAGAAGUAACUUUUGGAAGAUGAGUAAGUUAAUAUGAGACUAAUACAAAGAACUGUUCAUUCUUAAAUCAAAAAGGUAAUUUGCAACUUAGAAGAAUAUUUACAAAACGCACAAUAUAUUUUAAAAAUUCUUAAGCUUAAUUAGAAUAAUUAUUAGUGUCAGGCUGAAUAAUUCAAAUAGGUGAACAUAAAUGAAUUGAAUAAUUUAUAAUAACUUAAAUAUUUGAUGAGAUUAUUAGAAUAAAUUUUAUAAUAAGUAAUUUAGAAAAUUAAAGAUAAAAGAAAUCCAUUCUGCAUAAAAAAUUGUGAAACUGAUGAAAUUAAUAUGCUUUAGUAACAGAAAGAGUUGAUUUAGGAGGAAUUAAAAAAUUUAAAUCUGAAAGAUAUCCAAUUUGCCAAUGAAUUUUAGCAGAAGCUUCAUGCCUUACCAAUUGCUACUCUUAACUAAAAGAACUUUUUGAAAGAAGCUCAAAGCAUUUUAACACUUAUUGAGCAUUCUUAAAAAUAAAUUUCAAAUCUAGAAAUUAUAUAACUUCAACAGAAUAACGUAAUUGAAUACUUUCGGGGUUUAUUACAUAGCUUAAAUUGUUUUUAUGAGCACAAGAAUGAAGAACUUUAAAAAGAUGUUAAUGAAUUUAUUUUAAGUUUUAAGAAAAUUCUAAUUUUAUAAUUUGAAAUUGAGUCUGUUUCUUAAACUGAAGAAUUUGAAAAUAUCAAAUAAGAAUUUUCUAAUAUGCUAUCAUUUUAAUUUAUAUUCAACUAAAGAUUGAACAAUUUAAAGUUUAAAUUACAAUUAAUUGCUUUCAAGGAGUCUUUUUAAAAUAUAUUAGCAGUUCAAUCAGAAGAAUUUUAAUAGUUAUAAAAAGUUAUCAAUUUGGAUGAGUUUCUUGUGAAUGUAAUUAAUAAUUAUCCUAAAAAAAUAAUUUGCCGCCAUGAAAAUUUUUCAAGAUACUCUAUUGCUGAAUUAACAAGCAUGUAAAUUACUGAACAAGACUAUUAAAAUAGGUUAUCAAAAUAAAAAGGAAUGAUAGAAUACAUAAUAUUGAUCUUAAAUUUAGAAGAAUAAAUGAUUAAUUUAGAAAGAAUAGAUUUAGAAAUAAUUGAUAAGGAAUUCGGAGAAUUAUUUUAGGAAGAACCUAGUUCUUCUUCUCUAACAGAAAGAAUUAUGACAAUAAUAGAAAAUGCUUUAAUUGACAAAUCUAUAAAAACUGUGACUAAUGAACAAUUUAAUCAAUCAGAAUUGAAUAUUGAGAUCGAAAAAUAUGAGAAUAUAUGGUAAUAAUUAAGAAUUUUUGAGAACAAUAAUGAUUGUAAUAAUAUAGAAAAUUUCAAAUAAUUAAUCAGUCAUAUUGAGAUUGUUGUUGAGCUAUUAAAAAAUUCCUAAGAUCAAAAUUUAGAAAUUUUUAAAAUACCAAUUAGUGAAUUGUUAAAGGAGUUAAAAAAUUAAAUAAUAGAAUUUUAUGAAAAAAAUUAAUCAAAACUAAGUAAUGACCAUCAAUCUUAAUAAAAUAAAAAUGAUUAAAUUCUUGUUACUAAAAAAUAAGUCAUUCAAGAAUAUAAAUUUGAUUAUUGUGAUCAAAAAAAUGCCCAGAUUUAACGCAAUGAAAAUCAUGCAAUAUAUUUAGAAACCAUUAUCACUAUUCUGAAAUUAUCAUCAUCAAAAAUAAAAAAAGAAAAGCAGUUAUUUUACUAAUUACUUGAAGAAACUAAACAAUUCUCAGAUAAACUUCAUCUCAUUCAAAAAUAUAAUGAAAAUAUAUAA